AUGUCGUUUCAUCAUAUACCUUACUUUCAAGAUGAAGCAAGAAAGCUCACAUCUUUUAUCCAGCCCUUCCAAGAAGCGCAGUUUGACCUUUUCGACUGGUAUCCCGCAUAUCAGGCCUGUGUCUCCUUUUUCGUCCAGCGUGGUCAACAUUCAAGCGAAGUCCAAGCUGUUGCCGCAAUCGUCAACAUCCGAUUACCAUUCCAAAAAAGCCCAACCUCCUCCGCAUCAUCUUUUGGUUCCGCUACAUCUGCGCUCGAUCUUUCUCCCCCUAACACAAACAUUUCUCUGGUGCCCUACGUUCGCCGUCUAGUCGCCACCGGAUUCGACACCGCCGCCAUCCUGCACGGCUUCUUCGGCGAUUCCUGGGAUGCCGGCAUCGGCUCUAUACACCAGAACGAGCGAAGAAACUACCUAUUCGCGGCCAAGAGCGAGACUUGGCUGAGAGUCAAGGCAAGCUACGACCUGGAGAAUGGUCAGACGGUGCCCUUCCUCCGCUCCCUCCAAGGCGUUACGGAAGAAGAGAUACAGGCGGCCGAGGCGAACUGGAGCGAGUGGCUCGCCAUGCAAGAUUGGAUGCUGGGACCUCGUGCUCUUUCUGACAACGGUCCUCAUCAUGUUCAUUUGAAUUAA